GCAGAAUUGUUGUUUGAAUUUACUGGUGGUUGCUUCAAAUGCUGAAUGGUCUUUUUCAACAGAGGAAAAAAGUGUUCCUUGCUUUGGCACAACAAUAGAAUUGUUGUUGAAAAAAGUUCUUAUUCGAACGGAUCACUGAAGAAGAUCGGAAGCGUGCAUAAGUCAGCCAAAGAAACAGAUUCGUCCAGUAAAGUUUUCAAGACCAAAAGACUUACUGUAAGAAUUAAACGGUUGUGUUCCACACCUGAACUUCAAAUUGCCAUAAGUGAACUUGACGUUGAAUUUAUUUCCUUUAUAGGAGCCUGUUGAGAAAAUAUUCUUGUAUGCUUUGAAUACUUCUUUUAAAAGCACUUGCAUAUUCUCCUAUUGUUUCAUUCGACUGAGUUGUACUGGAAACAGUGAUUACUGUUACUCUUCAGUACAACGAAGAAUGUAUUGACAAGCACUAGUCUUUAUUGAAUUCAAGUGGACUUGAUAGUUCCCUGGAUACUUCGUUCAGUGUGUUAUAUAAACGACUUCUCAUAGUUGGAAAAAGGGAGUGCUAAAUAUCCUUGAAACUUUUGAUAAUAUCAGGAAUUCAGUAAGCGCUCAAACGAGUGGUCUAGUGUCGCAAAUAGCAACGAAAUACUUAUGCAGUAUUUGCGUGAAAGGAAUGUUACCAUGAAUAGUAUGCUAUCCAGUUUGAAGGUGAGGAAAGCAUUUUUGGGACUGUUUAUGGCUAUCGAAUUUCAUACAGAGUACCUCCUAGAUGCUUGUUACUCUUCGUGAAAGAGAUUUAGAAUGACAAAGUAUAGGGUGGAAUGAAAAUGCAUUUGCUGCUUCUGUAAUACCAUCUUUAAAAACUUUUGGUUUACUUGAUAGAUUCUGUCAUAGUUUUUUGAAAUGACACUAAACUUUUGAUUUUCAACUCAAUCUUUCCUUGUUUCAUUUGCAAAGCAUGUACACCUUUCGUAUAUG